AUGUUUGUGAGAAACACUGCAUCCGUUGUACGUGGUACUUCCAGAAACUAUGCAACCUUGAGAGAAAUCGAAACCAGAUUGAAGUCUAUCAAGAACAUCGAAAAGAUCACCAAGACCAUGAAGAUCGUUGCUUCUACCAGAUUGUCCAAGGCUGAAAGAGCUAAGAACAGUGCUAAGGAGUAUGCCUUGGCCGAUGCUGCUUUCUACAAGAACGCAGAAACUGUUCCAUUGGAAGAUGCUGAAAAGAAAGAUUUGAUCAUUGCCAUCACUUCUGAUAAAGGUUUGUGUGGUUCUAUUCACUCUCAAUUGGCCAAGGCUGUUAGACUUCAAUUGAAGCAAACUCCAAACGCUGAUGUUGUUGCCAUCGGUGACAAGGUUAAGGGUCAAUUGCUAAGAACCAACUCUGACAACCUCAAGUUCGCUUUCAAUGGUGUUGGUAAGGAAGCUCCAACUUUUGAAGAAACUUCUUUGAUUGCUAACAAGAUCUUGGAAGGUGGUGCUUCCAAUUACAAGAAGGUUUCGAUCUUCUGGAACGACCCUAUCUCUUCUUUGUCCUUCGAACCUUCUAACAAGCCAGUCUUCAACGCUGCUGCCAUUGAACAAUCUCCUUCUUUCUCCAAGUUCGAAAUCGAUGCUGACAACAACGUUUCUCAAGAUUUGUUCGAAUUCACUUUAUCCAACGAAAUCUUGGCUGCCAUGGCUGAAGGUUAUGCUGCUGAAGUCUCUGCUAGAAGAAACGCUAUGGAUAACGCUUCCAAGAACGCCGGUGACAUGAUUAACAGUUACUCCAUCUUAUACAACAGAACCAGACAAGCCGUUAUCACCAACGAGUUGGUUGAUAUUAUUACUGGUGCUUCUUCUUUGGAUUAA